AUGAGUAUUGCACAGGAAGAGGAUACUUUGUAUACCGGCAGCAGCAGCAGCAGCACCAACAACAGCGAACGGCCGGAAGCGUGUCGUCCUGAAGCUUCAAAAGACACGAGCGAAUCCCGCGGCACUGAAAGAUCAUCCCAUCUGAAGAAAGCCACGAACGUGCAGUCGCGUGGCAAGGAUUCCAAGGCUGAAGAACACCAGUGCGGCUUUUGCAAAAAGAUGUUGCGCCGCAAGAGCGCCAUGAAGAGACACCAGCUCACGCACACCGGAGAGAAACGGUACUCGUGCUCGGAGUGCGGCAACAAGUUCGUUCGUAAGGAGAACAUGAAGCGCCACAAGCGAAUGCACACCGGCGAGCGGCCGUUCGAGUGCGACGUGUGCGGCCAGAGGUUCACUCGCAACGCCGUGCUGGCGAACCACAGGCGCCGCCACACCGGAGAGAGGCCCUACUCUUGCUCGCUGUGUCCGGCCACGUUCGGCACCAGGUUCGCGAUGACGACGCACACGGCGGGCCACAAGCGCAAGGCUCCCUACGAGUGUCUCAUGUGCGGCAUGAAGUUCGUCUCGGGCAAGAAGUUCGAAAGUCACGUGCGCAACCACUCGGCGAAGAGGCCGUACGUGUGUCACCUGUGCUCAACCGACUUCAUUCAAAAGUACCAACUACGCGUCCAUCUCGCCAAGCACUCUGGUGAGAAGCCCCAUCAGUGCAACGUGUGCCACAGGGCGUUCUCGAGGCGUGUGUCGCUCGUGAAUCACAUGAGCACCAAGCACAAUGCUGAGGAAGAUUGA